UGCUAAGCUAACCGCUGCGUGACCGAAACAUGGACGGCUCAAUGGAGUACGCUUACCCCGCCGGAGAAGAGAGCGGGAACAGCGACGAGGAGUGGGACCUCGGGUGGCCUUCAGCGAAACGGUCCAAUUUUGUCAAAGAUAAUUCAGUAAAGGAUCUGAAUUCUGCUGUGCCACAUGAUGAAGAUAAUGUGUCAGUGUUGAAAAGGGCCAUCAGAGAAGGAGACGUAGGGACAGUGGAAAAGCUGUUGGACAAUGGCGUGGACGUGGAGACCCCACUUGGUUAUGAAUGGAGUCCUCUCAUGUGUGCUGUUAAUGUGGCUAAUUAUGAUCUGGCCAAACUACUCCUGGACAGAGGCGCCACAGCCAACUUCAGUAAAGACAAUUGGACUGUGCUCAUGGCCAACUGCACAGCAUCUGCCAGUGAAGACAAGAUUGCUCACUGCAUGGAGCUUCUGCUGUCCAGAAACGCUGAUCCCAACGUGGCAAACAGGACACAAAUGACCUGCCUGAUGCUGGCAGCGAAGGAAGGCUACAGUAAGGUUAUCAACCUGCUGGUGUCCCAUGGAGCUGACAUCAAUGUCCAGGAGGAAAACGGUUACACAGCUUUGUCUACAGCAGUGCAGCAUGGCAGAGAGAAGGCAGUGCUGAAGCUGCUCCAGCUGGGAGCAGACAAGUCCAUAAGGAACAAGUUUAACAAUAGCCCUGCUGACCUGGCUGUGAUCUUCAAACACACACAGAUAGCCAGGAUCCUGGCUUCUUCAGCCAACAUUUCUCUUACACAGACCUGUGGCUCCAUGGAGGAGACCCUCUCUAAGAUCUUCCAAAACAACUCAAAGUCUCCGUCUUCCAAUGAAAGUGUAACCAUGCUUGAUGACCUUGAGCUCUUACUGCAUGGCCUCGACCUUGGCUACCUCAUUGACAUCAUUAAGGAAAAUGACAUCACCUGGAGCAGCCUGUUGACCAUGGAGAAGAAGGACCUGGAGAAGUUUGGUAUUACAGACCCAGAACACCAGCAGAAGCUGCUGAAUGCUGUGCAACAGAUGCAGAUGGACAAAGUGGACCUGCACACGAUCAGCCUCCGAGCUGUAGACACUGAUAACGAGGAGCUGCUGAACUUCCUAAUCAGUGUGCAUCGGCAGAGCAGCUACCUGACCGAGGCAGUUCACGAUGUCAUCAACCGCUUCCCUCGGAAAGCUUCUCAGCUGGUCUUCUCCCUCGACCCAAAGGGCGAGGCCCAGGCCAUGUGUAACCUGCUGGAGGUCCAAUCUAAAGACCUGCAGAAUGAAGUCGCCUACCUUCGCACUCUGCUUUGUCAGAUGGAGGAAGCCACAGAUUGCUGUCACCUUCCUCAGCUUGGUUCCUAUGGCAACAGGAAGACGUGGUACCUCAGAGGAGUGGCACUGAGCCUCCUUGGAGCCACCUCCCUCAUGCUCCUCUACAAAGCUGCUUGUGGAUGUGUUUACCUGCCAGUGUACAGGAAUGUCUGCUAAUCAGUGCAAUGCCAUGUCCAUCAGUUAAUAAUAGUUUAAGUUAAGGUUAAUUAAGGGGACUAUAAAAAGGGUUGAUUUGUUUUAGAGCAGUGUUUAACAGGACAGGUCACUAUUUAUUAUGCAGUGUUUGUGUUCACCAGUUUGCUCUGACCUGUUGCUGAGUUUAGUUCUUAAUUAUUUUAAAGUUAUCUCAUAUUUUAAGGGUUUCAGUGAAAAUUAAAGUUCCUUUUGAGAAGC